AUGAAUCCCUCCGCGUCUUCGGAGAUGUCGGGGAUGGACGUCUUGGGUCUUCACAUCUCAAACCCAAGUUCGAAAGCGUCCCACGCUCACCCCUAUGCCUCCUCCAUCGCCUCGUCCGCUUCCUCUUCGUCUUCCUCCGUCUUCUCCCUCGAUGCCUCUCAGAGUUCCAUCUCUUCCACCGCCACUAACCCGGUCGAUGUGAUUUGGGAGAAUGAUGUGGAUAACCAACAGGCGACGAGACCUUCGGUCGCAUGCCCCCGGGCCUUCGUCAAGGGAGUUCAUCCCAAGAUUGACGGUCCGGUCCCGCCGGAGUUGCGUACGCAUCCCCGGCGCACUAACGUCGCGGCCAACGGCCCCGGCGCGCGUCCCCCACCUUGUCUGCUUCGUCAGUCGGAGCGCAAGGUGAGCUUCGUCGAUAACCUCGUCGAUACGGCGUCGCAAAUCGUCGAAAACAUCUGGCCCCUCUCCGCCGCGGCAUCCCGCAGUGAUGCCGCGACCGGCUCGAAAGGCGUCCUGCCUCUCCGGACUUUCAUCCAAGAGACUCUUCGUCGGUCGCGCACUAGCUAUAGUACUCUGCAGGUGGCCCUUUACUACUUGAUCAAGAUCAAGCCGCAUGUGCCCUGCAACGACUUCACCAGGGAACAAUCUCGGGAUCAGUCGGCUACCCGGGCCAUGCAGUGCGGUCGCCGGAUGUUUCUGGCGGCUUUGAUUCUCGCUUCUAAGUAUCUACAGGACCGCAACUACUCCGCCCGUGCUUGGAGUAAGAUCUCGGGCUUGAACACCCUGGAAAUCAACCAAAAUGAGUUGAUGUUUCUGCAAGCAGUUGGGUGGCGUCUACACAUCUCGGAGGCGACUUUCCAGCGAUGGACCGACUUGGUUCUCAAGCUGACCCCCGGUGCCGGUGGUCCUCCCGCCAGUGAGGGCCAGUGCUGGCGGACGGUCCUCCCCGGGCUGACUCCGGAGUUGGAUCUUGUUGACUCGGAACCGAUGACCCCGGUCUCGGCGAUGGGUGGGAUGGACUUGGGUCUGGCCGAAUCUCCCUCUCCGCGUUGCGCAGCGAGCAACGAGUCGAUCCGAUCGACUUCGCGCGAGCAGACUCCUACCUGCCAGCGUAGCUUGGCUCGGAACUUGGAGCCGACUUCUCGGAUGGACUUUGUCAACCUCCCGAUGCCGUCUCUCCCGCGCCCUCAGAUGCUGCCCACCCCCCCAGAUGACCCCCCAAACCCAUGUUGCUUGCGCUCCUGCUGCGAACGCGGCAACAUGUGGUCCCCGUCGCCCCUCCAUCGGUACGGCGAUGUCCCAGGCGCAGAACAUGGGCAUGGCGCGAUCCACUUUGGAUCAGCGCCCGCCUUUUUCGUUCUACCCUCGGGCUCAGUCAUUCGAUGGAUACCCCGCAACGGUCCGCCGGUCCUCUCUGGCUCGGUCAACAUCUUCAGCGUCGUCGCCCGAUUCCAUGGUUUCCGACGUGUCGACCUUGUCGUCGCGCUCUUCCCGCUCCUCAUCGGUCUCUUCUACUGCUUCCGGCACGGCAACUCUCUCAAGGAAAGUCGCAAGACUUUGGCUAUCGCUUCGCCGAUCGACGAAAGCGCCUUGGCCGAUCUCUACAGUUCGCCCGACUACCCGGGCGCGAUGGGCUCCGCACCGGAUCUGUCGCAGUUCUCUUUGGAUUCCAGCCUCAGCGAAGCAGCACAGAGUCUGUGCGAGCUCUCCGGUGCAACCACCGAGCGCCGACAAUGUCGCAAGCGCGGGCGCACCGGUUCUGACGAUAUGCUUCUUCAGAACCACGUUCGCCAUCUGAUUAAUGUAGGCGCCUCUGGUGUUCCAUCAUCCAUCCUACCCGAUGGGCACUUGGCAACCUCUUUUCUGAUGGCCCAUGGCCCUUCAGUCUCAGGUCCUGCCGGUAUGAAACGGGCCUGCUGCGGCAGUGAGGCGCGCAAGAUCGCCCUGAACCCGAGCAUUCGUGCGGACUACUUGAACUGA